AACAGACGGAAGUUCAUCUAUACUUCAGAGUGAUUCUCCAGUCGUAAAUUAUUUUUUUCAAAGAGGUGGAGAGGUUCUCUGCUUCGAACGUCAGAUAUCAUGACUCUUGAUUGAUCACUGCCGGAGACUAUAGCGUGCUUUGGUUCUUUAGCGUUGAUACUUAUUAUAAGCGUAGAGAUUUUUCUCUCAUAGAAAUUACUAUGGUGAUCACAAGCGAAAGUUGGAUCGAUCAUCUUCAGUUCUCCUCGUUGUUCUGGCCCUUGCCCCAAGAUGCUCAACAGCGGCAGGUUCAAAUUACUGCUUAUGUUGAUUAUUUUGGUCAAUUCACAUCAGAAAGGUUUCCUGAAGACAUUGCCGAGAUAAUCCAGAGUCAUUAUCCAUCCAAGGAAAAAUGCCUUCUUGAUGAUGUUUUGGCAAUGUUUGUGCUCCAUCAUCCAGAACAUGGGCAUGCUGUUGUCCAUCCAAUUAUUUCCUGUAUAAUUGAUGGUACAUUGGUGUACGACAAGCAUAGUCCUCUAUUUAGUUCUUUCAUUUCUUUGAUGUGCCCAAGCAGUGAGAAUGGAUAUUCUGAACAAUGGGCUCUGGCAUGUGGAGAAAUUUUACGGGUAUUAACUCACUAUAAUCGGCCAAUUUACAAAGUUGAAAAUCAGAACAGUGAAGCAGAGAGAAGCAGUAGUGGCAGCCAUGCCACGACAAGUAACUCUUCUGGGAGGGAAGCCUCUUAUUCAUCUUUGCAGCAACAUGAGAAAAAACCUAUCCGGCCGUUGUCUCCCUGGAUUGCUGAUAUAUUGCUUGCUGCACCUCUGGGUAUUAGAAGUGAUUAUUUCCGUUGGUGUGGUGGGGUCAUGGGUAAAUAUGCAGCUGGAGGAGAACUGAAACCACCUACAACUGCUUCUGGGCGUGGAUCUGGGAAGCAUCCCCAGCUUCUGCCAUCGACUCCCAGAUGGGCUGUUGCUAAUGGUGCUGCUGUUAUACUAAGUGUAUGCGAUGAGGAAGUUGCACGGUAUGAGACUCCCACUCUAACUGCUGCUGCUGUACCUGCACUUUUGCUUCCUCCUCCAACAACAGCUUUAGAUGAGCAUCUAGUUGCUGGGUUGCCAGCUCUUGAGCCAUAUGCACGCUUAUUUCAUCGAUAUUAUGCCAUUGCCACUCCAAGUGCCACCCAAAGACUUCUACUUGGACUUCUUGAAGCUCCACCAUCAUGGGCUCCAGAUGCACUUGAUGCUGCUGUGCAGCUUGUGGAACUGCUCCGAGCAGCCGAAGAUUAUGCAUCUGGUGGCAUGAGGCUUCCAAGGAACUGGAUGCAUUUACAUUUCUUGCGGGCAAUUGGGACUGCAAUGUCCAUGAGAACAGGUAUUGCUGCAGAUGCUGCUGCAGCUUUACUUUUUCGAGUACUUUCGCAGCCUGCGCUGCUAUUUCCUCCUUCAAGGCAAGCUGAAGGAGUUGAAGUUCAACAUGAAUCUCUGGGUGGUUAUAUUUCAUUCCACAGAAAGCAGAUAGAAGUUCCUGCUGCUGAAGCAACUAUUGAGGCCACUGCCGAAGGGGUUGCAUCAAUGUUUUGUGACCAUGGCCCAGAAGUAGAAUGGAGAAUUUGUACAAUCUGGGAAGCUGCUUAUGGCUUGAUUCCCUUAAGUUCAUCAGCUGUUGAUCUACCUGAAAUCAUAGUGGCAACACCACUGCAGCCUCCUGUUUUGUCAUGGAGCCUGUACUUACCACUCCUUAAGGUCUUAGAGUAUCUUCCUCGAGGAAGUCCAUCUGAAGCAUGUCUCAUGAGGAUAUUUGUUGCUACAGUGGAAGAAAUUCUUCGGCGAACAUUUCCACCUCAAUCCUCAAAAGAACUAAUAAGAAAAUCAACAUAUAUUUUUGAAGUUGGGUACACAUCCAAGAACCUUGCAGUGGCUGAGCUCCGUACAAUGGUCCAUUCAUUGUUCUUAGAAUCAUGUGCCUCUAUUGAGCUUGCGUCGCGCCUGUUGUUUGUUGUGUUAACUGUGUGUGUCAGUCAUGAAGCCCAGCCCAAUGGGAGCAAGAAACCCAGAGGAAGUGAUACUUAUCCUCCUAAUGAAGUUGCUGAGGACUGGCAGUUAUUAAAUGAGAAGCAAAGGGACAUGAGAACUAGGAAAGUAAAAAAGCAGGGACCUGUCGCAGCUUUUGAUUCUUAUGUUCUGGCUGCUGUUUGUGCUUUGUCCUGUGAACUUCAGUUGGUCCCAUUAAUUUCAAAGAUUGGCAAAAGUUCAGAUUGUAAGGAGCUAUUAACUGCAUCCAAGCCUAUGAAAGUAAAUGGAUCUCCAAAUGAUUUUCGAAAUGGUAUUGGUGCUGCCAUUUACCAUACACGUAGGAUAUUAGGAAUUUUAGAGGCACUUUUUUCAUUGAAACCAUCUUCUGUUGGCACAUCAUGGAGUUACAGUUCCAAUGAGAUAGUAGCUGCAGCAAUGGUUGCUGCUCAUGUGUCUGAACUAUUUAGACGGUCAAAAGCCUGCAUGAAUGCUUUAUCUAUCUUGAUGCGAUGCAAAUGGGAUAAUGAAAUUUUCACUAGGGCCUCUUCACUCUAUAACCUCAUUGACAUCCAUGGUAAAACUGUUGCUUCCAUUGUCCACAAAGCAGAACCACUAGAAGCUCAGUUGGUGCAAGCACCAUUAUGGAAAGAAGCCCCUGUAUGUUUGUCUACUAAAAAUCAAGGAAAUUGUUCAAACACUAACUGCUUUGGACCAGAGCGCUCCUCGUGUGUAGGUAAUAAUGGCCCCAUGUCUUCCAAAACUUUCCUUAAAUGUGAGAAAGCAUCGCUCUCAAUUGAUGCUACAGAAAAUAACUUGGGGAAAUGUAUAGCAAGUUUAUCAAUGGAUGCUUCAGAGUUGGCCAAUUUCCUGACAAUGGACAGGCACAUAGGAUUUAAUUGCAGUGCACGAGUUCUUCUACGCACUGUACUUUCAGAGAAACAGGAGUUAUGCUUCUCAGUUGUUUCACUUCUGUGGCACAAGUUGAUUGCAUCACCAGAAACACAGCUGAGUGCUGAGAGCACUUCUGCCCAACAGGGGUGGAGACAGGUAGUUGAUGCAUUAUGUAAUGUUGUUUCAGCAUCUCCAACAAAAGCAUCAACUGCUAUUGUUCUUCAGGCGGAGAGGGAAUUGCAACCUUGGAUUGCUAGCAAUGAUGAGCAUGGUCAAAAGAUGUGGGGAAUUAACCAGAGAAUACUAACACUAAUUGUGGAGCUUAUGAGAAAUUAUGAUAUCCCAGAAUCAUUAGUAAUUCUGGCGAGUGCUUCUGAUCUUCUUCUACGUGCCACUAAUGGAAUGCUUGUCGAUGGGGAAGCAUGCACUUUACCACAGCUAGAGCUCCUGGAGGCAACAGCUAGAGCAAUUAGGCUUGUGCUUGAAUGGGGAGAAUCCUGGUUGGCAGUCACAGUUGGCCUUUCAAACCUACUGAAGUGCCGUCUACCAGCUACUGUCCGCUGCCUUUCUCAUCCAAGUGCUCAUGUCCGCGCUCUUAGUACAUCAGUCCUGCGUGAUGUAUUGCUUAUCCCUUCAAUUGAUUCAAAUGCUAAGCAAGAAGACGUACAGGACAUACAAGAUCCGCACUACCAGUACUUGAGUUCGGGCCUCAUCGACUGGCAUGCCGACAUUGAAAAGUGUUUAACAUGGGAUGCUUGUAGCCGGAUUGCGUCUGGAAUGACAAUCAGCUUUCUUGAUUUUGCUGCAAUGGAGUUGGGCUGUACCAUUUCCCUUUGAGAUUAACCAAAGGCUUAUCAAGACCAGCCAUUGCCAAAUUUAUCACACAGGAUCAGGCCCUGCUAAUUGUAUUACAAUAGUUUCUAAUCCAUUAGCAUCCGACCACCAAUGUAACGUAAACUUUAGUAUCAGUCAUCAGUGAACUGAAUUUUGGGGUCUUAUGUUCACAUGGACAGAAGCCAGCUGCCAGAGUGACAUUUCCUAUCCAUUUAUAAUCCUUCAUAUGAGAAGAUGGUAUAUGUACAGCAAUGGGGAAGAUGGGGCUGUAUGAUAUA